UGUGUUUAACUAUUUGAUGUUAAAUAUAGAGAGUUGGUAUCUCUUGGAAACCACAUCUACGAGUUUUUGUGUUCUCUAAUUUUGUGUAUUGAGGCCACAAAUUCUAUAGAGACGCCAUGGAAAUGAGUCAAGCAUUAACACAGGAUUUCACUAGCCAUCAAACACUCUUGCCCAAAAAUUCAAUAAACUCAGAAGUUAGGGAGUUUUGGAUAAAAGAAAGCAAUAAUAUGGAGUCGAUUUCUAUAGAAGAUGGCGAAUAUUCUAAUCACGAGAACACCUUGAAUUUUCUCAAUGCGGUGAAGUCCGACAACAUAGACUGGAUUCGAGAUCUCAUAAGUUUUUCAUCAUCAUCAUCAUUACAAGCUCUAAUUGAGACCAACAACAGAAAUAAUGGUGACACACCCUUGCAUGUUGCUGUAAUGUUAGGGAAUUUGGAGGUUGUAAAACUCAUCCUGGAUAACAUGAAUAUUAAAAUUGUUCGUGAUCUAUUACAAAAGCCAAAUAAGAGGAGAAAUACGGUGUUGCAUGAAGCUGUGAAGAAUCGAAACUUGGAUAUUGUUAAGCUUUUACUUGAAAAAGAUUCGAGUUUAGUUAAUUUCAAUAAUGAAGAUGGAGAAUCACCGUUGUUCUUGGCUAUCGAUAGAGAGUUUUAUGAAAUUGCUUUUCAUAUUUUAAGUAAAAUAAUCAACAAUGUGAAAGGAAUAUUAUCUCAAGAGAAGGGAAGUUGGUCUGGAAGGAAUGGUUUGAAUGUUAUGCAUGCAGCUGUUAUUCGCAACAAGGGUCUAACCGCUAUUGAGAAACGUAAUAAGAUCAAAGGUGAUUUAAUGAUUGAGAAGGUGUUAGAAGUAUUUGGCAAUGAUAUUUUAGAAGGGCAAGAUGAGCAUGGAUGGACUCCUCUUCAUUAUGCAGCACACUUGAAUGAGUUUGGUUUGGUGAAUAAGUUUUUGUCUAAACACUCCUUAAUUUGUUGCAUUCAAGACAACGAAGGCAUGUCUCCUCUUCACAUUGCGGCCAAGAAUGUAUCUGUCGAAGCGUUAGAGUCAUUAAAAGAAGGAUCAGGAUCAUAUAGGUACAAGAUGUUCGAGUUAUUAGACAAGAACAAUCAAACGGCUCUACAUGUUGCUGUGGAGAGUAAAAACACAUUUUCGAUAAAGAGAAGAUUUUUGGUAAAGAAAAUGCUUUCUUUUGAAGAAUGUAAUUACAUUAUUAAUUGGAAAGACAAAGAUGGAAAUACUUGCUUUCAUCUUGCUGCUAAAAGUUCUAUAAUGGUAUCAGCAUUCAUCAAUUAUGACAAUAGUAGAAUAGUACUAGAUAUAACCGCAGUUAACAACGAGAGCAUGGCGAUUAUUGAUGUCUAUUUUCGUCAUGUCCAUUUUCACUUGUUUACUUGGCUAAUGAUGGCAGUUGAUACAAACUAUUUUUGUGGUAAAAGGAGUUUGGAAAGUGUACGUGAUCUUAAUGGUGAUGAUGAUAACAAACUAGUACUCUCGAGUGAUAUACCAAAAGAGAAAGAGAUGCUUGUUUCAUUUCAACCUAAACAACAACGCAAUAAUAGAGAUAUUAUGAAUGUCAACUUAAUUGUGGCAACAAUCAUAGUAAGCAUCACAUUUGCAGCUGGUAUCCAUAUUCCUGGUGGAUACAACAACGACGGCAAUCCCAUCUUACAAGAAAACUCAUCGUUUCGACGUUUCAUGACCUUUAACUCAUUGGCUUUCGGUUUCUCAUCAGCCUCAGUAUUUCUCACAUUUGUAUCAGUGCUCUACAAUACCACUCUUAGAAAAAGAUUUCCAAAAUCAACCUCCUUGUAUUUAUUUGUCGUUGUCCUUUGCCUAAAUAUCGCCUCCAUUGCUUUGUCAAUAUGGGCUUACUUGAUGUCUACAAAAGUCACAUUGUUGCACACAUUUGCUUAUUUUGCAUUUAUCUUUCCCGUGAUGUACACAUUUUAUGUUCUCAUUAUGGAUAGAGUUAUAUACAAUAGAUUACGUAGGUAAGUAGUGUUAAAAAAUAAAAUGAGUUGGUCCUCAUAGUUUUACUAUGCUCUGCCCUCACUCAAUUAUUUGAUGAUUGCA